AUGCUUAAGUUUGCCAUUAUUACAACACUUUUGGCAUUGGGUUGUGUCGAGUGCGUAUAUAACAAAUUACAAUGGAAACAAUGUGAUAAACCAAAUCAAGGUCUUGAGAUAGUAACAGCAGAUCUUACUCCAAUGCCUGUUACUAGUCCUGGAAACGCAGUUAUAACAUUUAAAGCACAUACAACAAGACCAAUAAAGGGUGUUCUUAGAACAAAAUUAGACAUCAUGCGCACUGUUAGUGGUAUCCCAUUACCUGUUAGAUGUUAUAUUGUCGAUGGAAAAGAAGUUGGUUCAUGCACAUAUCCAGAUUUAUGUGCAUUAAUUAAAGAACUAUCGGACACUUUUACGCUUGAAUCAUGUGCGGAAGAGCUUAAACCACAUAAACUAUUCACCUAA